AUGUUUCUUCAAGAGCAGAAUCUGGCUAAUGCAUCAUCUUUGUCAGGGUUUCUUCUCCUGGAAUUCUCAGAGGUUUGGGGACUGCAGAUUCUGCACUUCAUUGGAUUCCUGGUGUUUUACCUGGCAGCAGUUGCAGGGAAUCUUCUCAUCAUCUCUGCAGUUGCUCUGGAUGGCCACUUACACACCCCCAUGUACUUCUUUCUGAUGAACCUGGCCCUACAGGAUGUGGGUCAAGUGUCUGUCAUCUACCCCAAAGCCAUGGACAAUUCCCUCAGGAACCGCAGACACAUUUCUUACUCUGGGUGCAUGAUGCAAGUUCUCUUCUUUAUCUUCUUUCUAGCUUCUGAUUUCUUUCUUCUCACAGUCAUGGCUUAUGAUCAGUAUAUUGCCAUUUGCAAUCCGCUGCACUAUAAGAUGCUGAUGAAUAAGCAGUCCUGCAUCCAAAUGGCUUCCACCGUGUGGAUAAGUGGCUUUGUCUGUGGAGUACUGCAUACUGGAGGCACCUUUGCACCCCCCUUUUGCUCCAACAUCGUCAAUCAGUUUUUCUGUGAAAUUCCCCAGUUACUUAAGCUUGCCUGCUCUAAUCUGAUCCUGUUUGAAAUAGGAGUCCUUUCCUUCUUUGCUAUCAUUGUCUUAGUGUGCUGUAUUUUCAUUUUUGUGACUUAUAUGCACAUCUUCACUGCUGUUUUCAGGAUUCCUUCUGUUCAGGGAAGGCAAAAAGCCCUCUCGACUUGUCUUCCCCAUCUCACUGUUUUUUCUGAAUAUGUAUCUGCUGGGUAUUUUGCUUACCUGAAGCCCUCCUUUAAUUCAGUUUCACUUCUGGAUUUGACAUUUACUUUGAUAUAUUCCAUGGUUCCCCCCUUGAUGAAUCCAAUCAUCUACAGCAUAAGAAACAAAGAGAUAAAGCAAGCUUUAUCAAAACGAUUGGGUUUGAGGCCAUCUUUUAUUGCCAGUUAUUGA